CGUUGUUUUUAUUUUAUAAACAAAGACAUGAUUUAAGCGCACUUUUAACUUUAGCAUUUCAUUUGUUUUAACUUUAACUAGUUAAGUUAAGCUCAUAAAAAUGGCUUCAUUUAGUGAAUAUGAAAGUUUGGACGAAGAAGUAAAAGAACUUCUAGAAAACUAUAAAUUUAAGAAAGCGACUUUAUAUGAGCCAUGUACGCUUAAAAAUUUUAAAGAAUGUUUAAUAGGAAUUUACGAGGAAUUUGGACUUCUGAACAUCAACUACACGUUCAAUCCGCAAAUAGAUGUUGAAAACGAUACCUUAACUACAGAAGCUUUGGUUAAACUUAUAAACUGUGUUUGGAUUUUAUUACACAACUAUAAAAACGCGUCAGAAAAGACAGAAAGACUGGAGGAGCGUAAUCACAUUUUGGAAAGUAAUAAUAGUCAACUGAACGGUUUAGUAAAUAGAUUAAAAGAAAAGAUAAAACUGGAAAAGAAUGAAUCAAAAGCAUGUGUUGCAUCUGCACAAAGGGUAACUGACCACUCUAGUGAAAUAUAUAAAAAGUAUCUAGAUACAAAUGCAAAGCUUUUACAACUUACAAAACAAAAGGAGACAACCGAAAGGGCUUUACAAACUAAAAUAUCAAAAUUACAAUUGGAAAAUAAUAAGCUUACAGAUAAGUUAAGAAAUAAAUCAGAAUCCUACACCCCAUGUUCUGAAGUUUGUGAUUCCACAAUCAUACAAGUAAAAGAACGAGAAAGAAACCAAAGGAAAGUUAUAGCUAAGCUUCAAGUGAAUAACCAAGAAUUAUUGCGAGAAGUUCUGGCUUUGAAAGAAGAAUUAUUACUAGAAGGACUUCAUGGUCCCUGAAGGAUGUAAUUAUGGAACAAAUUCUUA